CUGCCUCACAGACUCAACAGCCUGGUUGUUUCCGGGGGCUUCACCUCGCCCUCAGUUGCCAACAACAUCUCUCUUUCUUCCCUUUUUCUUUCUUCUAAACGGUCUCUUUAUUUUCUUCUUCCAAUAUAAUCUGUUCUUUUUUCUUUCUUCUUCUUCUUUUUUCUUUUUCCCCGAGAAUUUUAUAAUUGCCUAAGCCACUCCCGUUAGACACGUUUUCUUCAGCAGCCAUCCGAUCCGCCGUUUCCUCUGAGCUCAUUCAUUGUAUGCGCUGAAUCACGUACAUCACCAUCUACGUCCCGGCGCGCGUUUGAUCCCACUGCGUCUCUCCGCACCCUUCCGAUAGCUCUUGCCGACCAUGGAUCCUCCGCAAACCAAAGCGUCGACGCCAGCGAUCGCCACGCCAGCGACGAAUGGUGCUGGCGCUGGUGCGCCUGCGCCUCCGCCCUCGUCCACGUCUACGCAAACGACACCUGCUGGUACAACACCUCCCGCGCGAGCGCUUCAGCGGCAGAGGCCCGCGCCAAAGCCGCGUGAUAAGUUUUAUUUCCAGUCCCUGGGUCCAUCCGCCACCUUCAAUGUCAAACAGGCCCGUGUCCUUAUGGUUGGUGCCGGCGGCAUUGGAUGCGAAUUACUGAAGAACCUCGUCCUCACCGGUUUUGGGGAAAUCGAAGUCGUCGAUCUCGAUACCAUCGAUCUGAGCAACCUUAACCGCCAAUUUCUCUUCCGUCACGAACACAUCAAGAAGUCGAAGGCGUUGGUGGCCAAGGAGGCGGCCCAAGCGUUCAACCCACAAGUCAACAUUGUUGCACAUCAUGCCAACAUCAAGGACUCCCAGUUCAACGUUCGCUGGUUCCGCGGCUUCACCCUCGUUUUCAAUGCGCUCGACAACCUCGAGGCGAGGAGGCACGUCAACUGGAUGUGUCUGGCAGCUGACGUGCCUCUGAUCGAGAGCGGGACUACAGGUUUCAAUGGCAACGUUCAGGUCAUCAAGAAGGGUGUGACGGCGUGCUAUGAUUGCACGGAAAAGCCAGUUCCCAAGUCUUUCCCUGUCUGUACAAUUCGGAGCACCCCGAGCCAGCCCAUACACUGCAUCGUCUGGGGCAAGAGCUAUCUCCUGAGCGAAGUCUUCGGCGCCAGCGAGGACGAAGCCGCAUACGACCAUUCCGAGGAUGCAGAUAACGCGGCGGAAAUAGUCGAGCUUAAAAAGGAAGCCGCCGCUCUUCGUGAGAUUCGGGAGUCGCUGGGUACAGGUGCCUUUCCCCAGCUGCUCUUUGACAAAGUUUUCAAUGCCGACAUCGUCCGGCUGGCGUCUAUGGAAGAUGUCUGGAAGUCACGGAAGAAGCCCCAGCCGCUCGACUACAGGACACUGUUGGAGCGAUCCUCAAGCGCUUUAGCCUCAAAGGAGCAGAUUUUGCGUGACGACCAGCGAUGCUGGUCCCUCGAGGAGAACCUUGUCGUCUUCAUCGACAGUCUCGACCGACUCAGCAAGCGCAUGCUAGAGCUGAAGAAGGCUCACCAGGGCGCGUCCGGUCCCGAGCCCGUCAUCGAGUUCGAUAAAGAUGAUGUGGAUACUCUGGACUUCGUUGCCGCCGCAGCCAAUAUUCGGUCGGCCGUAUUUGGCAUCGAGCCCAAGUCGCGCUUUGAUAUCAAGGAAAUGGCCGGUAACAUCAUCCCUGCUAUUGCUACGACCAACGCUAUUGUGGCUAGUCUCUCCGUGCUUCAGGCCUUUAAGGUCUUGAGGGGAGAAUUUCAACAAACUAAGGAGUUGUUCUUGGCUCCAAGCAACCUCAAUCGUCUUAUCGGCUACACCCGAUACUCUCUCCCGAACCCGGAUUGUCCCGUCUGCAGCGUCUACCAGACUAGUGUUUUUGUGGACCUGUCAAAAGCCACCCUCAACGACCUCGUUGAUGACUUCGUAAGGUUGCAACUCGGGUAUGGAGACAAGGAGUUCGCCGUCAGCAAUGAACUAGGACCCCUCUACGACCCCGAAGAGACGGAGAACUUGCCCAAGAAGCUCAGUGAACUUGGGAUCAAGGGAGAUACUUACCUGACGGUAAUUGAUGAAGACGACGAAGACCCAUUUGUCAACGUCGUCAUUAACAUCGAAGAGGCAACGGAUCUGGUGGAAGACAAGCCUAUCAAGGCAGUGGCUGCGGAUCAGAAGCCGCAAAUUCCUCGAAGGCCGAAGAAGGUGCAGCCAGUUGCAGUUGUUGCCAACGGCACAGCGCCUCAGUUAAAUGGGAAGCGUCGUUUGGAGCCAGACGCCGCGGAGCCCAGCACGAAACGCCGGAGGUCGGCCAGCGAGGCCGAAGAGCCCCAGGCCAAAAAAGCGAAGACAGCCCCGUCAGGCCGGGACGACGUCAUCGUCAUCGAUGACGAUGAAACUGGCCAGGGCGUCGUUGUUCUCGAUGACUGAAAGUUUAAUAACUGGCAUGGAUUUUAUGACGGGCCCGCCCGCUGUGAAUAACUGGUCCAGGUGUACAUGGUCCUCAUACUGCACUUAGACCUCCAUCUAGGUUCAAGAUGCAAUUGUUGGCAUAAGGAUUUUGGGCAAGAAAAACGGCAGCGUCGGCCACCUCUUCAGCCGUACCGAGCCGCCCGAGAGGUAUUUUCUUUUCGAGAGGCUCCUUCGACAUGU